AUGAACGGGGCUAAGCGAUCUGCCAAAGCUGUGGGAUGUAAAAAUGAAUUGGUAGGGGAACAUUCCUCCUUAGAAAGACGUACCCGCGCGAGCAGGGUUGGACAAAGCGGAAGCGAGAAUAUCAGCUUGAGUAACGAAAACAUUGGGGAGAAUCCAAUGCCUCGAAAACCUAAGGAUUCCUCCGCAAAGUUCAUCCACGGAGGGCAAGUCAGGACCUAA